AUGGCAACACAACAGAUCCUUUUUGCCGAAACGGUGGCCGCUAUGAAAAAGGCUCUCAAGCGGAAAAGUUACGAAUCCGACUCGGACGACGAGAUUGACCACUACGGGAAUCGCGGCCACAAGCUUAAAAAGCGUGCUCUCUUCUCUCACCAGGGUCAACUCGCACCACCCUCCGGCCCUGAAGUCUACAAUGAAGUGAUCGACUACGCCGGACAGCAGCGCACAAUAAUCAGCCGCAACCCGCCCAUCGUAGACGAAGAGGGAUACGAAAUCGACAGUGACGACGACGAAGGGCGCAUCCAAGAGGCCGUCUCCGCGGCCACCGAGCUCGACCCCUAUGCUAACAUUCGAAUUGAGCGUUAG